GCAAUGAGGAACAACACAGUGACAACGUUCAUUCUACUAGGACUGAUGGAUGACCAACAGCUGCAAGUUCUAAUUUUCAUCUUUCUCUUUUUCACCUACACUCUGAGCAUAACCGGGAAUCUGACCAUCAUUUCCCUCAUCUUAGUGGAUUUUCACCUUAAAACAGCCAUGUACUAUUUCCUUAAAAAUUUUGCUUUCUUGGAGAUCUCAUUCACAUCUGCUUGUAUUCCCAGGUACAUGUAUAACAUAGCCACAGGUGAUAAAAUGAUUUCCUAUAAUGCCUGUGUCAGUCAAGUGUUUUUUACUGACCUCUUUUGUAUAACUGAAUUUUUCCUUCUGGCUGCCAUGUCCUAUGACCGCUAUGUGGCCAUCUGCAGGCCACUGCAUUAUUUGACUAUCAUGAGUAGCACAUUCUGCAGAAGGCUUGUCAUUUGUUGUUGGGUAGCUGGUCUGUUUAUUAUAAUUCCCCCACUCAGCCUCGGCCUUAAUCUGGAGUUCUGUGAUUCUAACACUAUAGAUCAUUUUAUCUGUGAUGCUUCUCCCCUCCUGAAAAUCUCUUGCUCAGAUACUUGGCUCAUGGAACAGAUGGUUAUCAUCUGUGCUGUGCUAACCCUCAUUAUAACACUUAUGUGUGUCAUUCUGUCCUAUGUUUACAUCAUCAAGACAAUUUUAAGAUUCCCUUCUGCCCAACAAAAGAAAAAAGCCUUUUCCACCUGCUCUUCCCACAUGAUUGUAGUAUCCAUCACCUAUGGCAGCUGCAUCUUCAUCUACAUUAAACCUUCAGCUAAGGAAGAGGUGGCUAUUAACAAGGGCGUGACAGUUCUCACUACCUCCAUUGCUCCGAUGCUAAAUCCCUUCAUUUACACACUUAGAAACCGGCAAGUCAAGCAAGCCUUCCGUGACUCAAUCAAAAGAAUCAUAAUAUUUUCCAAGAAAUAA